AUGGAGGAGAAGAAAGCUGAUUUUGCUAUCGAUUCAGAAGAGAUACAUGUUCCAUUACCUCUUCCACCUGCAGCUACUGCUAAUAGCAUUAGAUUUUUUGAUAAUGAGCAACCAAUCUCAUUACCUUCUUCCCGGCUUCGAUUUCAUGUCGUUCUCAUUGUUGCCCAAGCAGGUUUUGCAGGCUACGAAGUCUUGGUCAGGCGGAGAUUUGGCAAGGGCAGUUCUAUAAUUGUCUACUCUGUGUACAAAAAUUGUCUUGGCUUCAUGGUGCUGAGAUUUCUCUCCUCCUUUGUGGAAAAAGUUUGUGUAAGCGAGCUAUGCUACCUACAAGGGCUUAAGUAUACAACACCAAUAUUUGCCUCAGCCAUGCGGAAUGUGAUUCCGGCCUUCACUUUCAUUUUUGCUCUGAUCUUCAGGAUGGAGAAGGUUGAUAUUGAGAAAAGUCAUGGUAUUGUCAAGUUGGUCGGGACUAUCUUACUUAUAUGCGGAUGGAUGACACUUUUAGUUUACAAAGGUCAAGAGCUUUUGAUGAGUCACUUCUCGUAA